UUUUUUUCUUCCUAUCGGUGACGACCAUUGAUAUUGCCGGGCUUUAUGGUCCCCGAAAGGGGAUGUGUCCUGCCUUCUAGAACGUCGUGAAAGCCGUGAGAAGGCAGGGUGAACACCUGGUAUCCAAGGGUAAGGGGCUGCAUGAUUUACAGGCACAGCCACGGAGGAGCGACCGGGCGGGCUGCAUCAACCACUCUCCGUUUCUCUCCCCGACCAUGGCACCCGAGGAGGGCCCCUCAUUCUCCCUCUCCCUCUUCCCACGACCAACGUCGCCCCGCGGGGGCGCACCGGGGACACGGGCUCACCACGACGGCGGCCGAUUCCGGCCAAGACGCGUUACAGACGGACCAGGCGGCGGAUGAGGGCGUUGUGUGUGGGGAGGAGGGAAGCCCAGGGUCGCCCGAGUUUCGUUCUGAAGACCUUGGUACGUUCACGUGUUCGUGGCGGAAGCGGCGGUCUGUCGUUCUCGUGUCGGCCCACGUUGAUGUCGGGAUUCUGAGAUCGGGCUGGAGCAGGAUACCUACCAGUCCUCGUCCUCGUUGCGGACUUGCUCGCCGGCAGAGCACGCAAUGGCGAUCACUGACGGGUAGUAUGUCAACGGCGCCAGACAGAUCAUGUGUUGUAGGUUGAUAUACGGACUGCUGGAGACCCUUUGAAAUCUUUUUUCAUUCAAGUAG